AUGGCAAUACUCAAGACAGGACCUAUAAGACCGCAAUCUGGCAGAAGGCUCAUAGCUGAAUACACGCAGCUGAAAAGCGACCCAGACAGCAGCUGGUUUGAAAUCGACCCAGAGCCAGCGAACUUCAUUCCGUUUGCAGACGGCGAUGUAGAGUACUUCAAGAAGUGGGAAAUAACCAUUUACGGGUUCAAGGACACAAUAUACGAGGGGUAUGUUUUAAAGGCAGACAUAUACUUCCCAACAGACUACCCGCUGUCUCCCCCCAGGGUCAUGUUCACCACAAAGAUGUACCACCCAAACAUCUACAAUGACGGACGCGUCUGCAUAUCCAUUCUGCACACUGCGCAAACAGACCCACUCUCCGGAGAGCUGGACACAGAACAAUGGACGCCGGUUCUCUCUGUUAGAACGAUUCUUCUGUCAAUUAUGCUGCUUUUGAACGAGCCUAAUCCAGACUCCCCGGCCAAUUUAGACGCCUCCCUUCACUUCCGAAGAGACAGAAAAGACUAUGAGGAGUACGUUAAAAUGAAGGUUCUCUCCACCUACAAAAAGAAGGAAGAGAAAAGCACGUGCUAG